AUGAAGUUCAUCGAUGCCACCGUCGCCGUGGCUAUCUUUACAGCUUCAGUCGCAGCAGCACCUUCCGUUAUUACUGCUAGACAAAGCCUUGAUAUAAAGCUGUGCCGCGAUGCCAACUUUCUCGACUGCACCAAUGUCGCUUACCAGGUUGACACCUGUUUCAACCUUGAUACCCUACAGGGCUACGACAACACUGUCACUUCUUUCGAUACCAAGGGCCCCUGGUGCAAGUUCUUUAUCGACUCAAAUUGCCAAUAUAACGCCGGGGCUUUCCGCUGGGAGGGCAGUCUCGACGACAUCGCCAAAGAGGAACCUGGAAUGGACAAUGCGUUCUCUUCUUUCGAGUGCGAGGAGGCCAUAGUCUGA